GCACGAUCCCUUAGAUCGAUUCUGUGUUCUACACCAUCGUUAGUCAAAAUGGGAUAUCGUUUGAUUAGAGUGUUAUUUCUUUGGGCUACUUUGGAAUGUGUGUUCGCACGACAUCACCCGAUUUACCAGACUCAUAAUGGAAGAAAUGAAAGUGAACAGAUGCCGCCAACAUCGGUUUGCCACUAUAGCGACCCGGAGGUGGCGGACUGCAUCAAAGGGGUCGCGGAACAAGCUAAGCACCUCCUCGCAUUGGGAAUACCGUCACUGAACAUCCAGUCUCUAGAGCCUCUCAAGGUACCCAGCAUACGACUGCGUCAGCACAACGCAUCCAAUAAGAACUUUAAAUAUGACGCCUGGUUGUCUGAAGUCGCUCUCAGCGGGUUGACGAACUAUACUGUCAAUAAACUUGACGUAUAUCCUGAAGACCUUAAAGUGACAGCGAACAUUAGUUUGCCACGAUUGGUGAUGACCGGGGACUACAUGGUAAUCGGAGAAUUCCAGAUGCUUCCCGUUGAAUCUAUUGGGAAAAUGGCUGCUAAUUUCAGUGAGUGCAUAAUAGCUUUGGAAGCGUUAGGCGCCAGAGUGCACACGAGAAUGGUGAUAAGAGAUGCAAAGGUGCGGCUUCGCUGUGCUGGUCCGGUUGGAGCCAACCUCAUGGAAGCUCACUCGACAACCGACGAAAUGGAAAUGGUAACCGACCACAUAGUGAGCAUGCACUCCGAGGAUCUGGCCAGGGAGGUGCAGCCGGCCAUCGAGACAGCCCUCGCGAUGGUACUCGAAGAUAUCGCCAAUAAAUUCCUGAAGCACGUCCCGGCCGAAAUGGUGUUCCCGAAUUAG